AUGCUGGCCCACAUGUUUAAGGACAAAGUUGUCUGGGGAAAUAAGCAAGAUCAUAGAGGAGCUUUCUUAAUUGACCGAAGUCCUGAGUACUUCGAACCCAUUUUGAACUACUUGCGUCAUGGACAGCUCAUUGUAAAUGAUGGCAUUAAUUUAUUGGGUGUGUUAGAAGAAGCAAGAUUUUUUGGUAUUGACUCAUUGAUUGAACACCUAGAAGUGGCAAUAAAGAAUUCUCAACCACCGGAGGAUCAUUCACCAAUAUCCCGAAAGGAAUUUGUCCGAUUUUUGCUAGCAACUCCAACCAAGUCAGAACUGCGAUGCCAGGGUUUGAACUUCAGUGGUGCUGAUCUUUCUCGUUUGGACCUUCGAUACAUUAACUUCAAAAUGGCCAAUUUAAGCCGCUGUAAUCUUGCACAUGCAAAUCUUUGCUGUGCAAAUCUUGAACGAGCUGAUCUCUCUGGAUCAGUGCUUGACUGUGCGAAUCUCCAGGGAGUCAAGAUGCUCUGUUCUAAUGCAGAAGGAGCAUCCCUGAAACUGUGUAAUUUUGAGGAUCCUUCUGGUCUUAAAGCCAAUUUAGAAGGUGCUAAUCUGAAAGGUGUGGAUAUGGAAGGAAGUCAGAUGACAGGAAUUAACCUGAGAGUGGCUACCUUAAAAAAUGCAAAGUUGAAGAACUGUAACCUCAGAGGAGCAACUCUGGCAGGAACUGAUUUAGAGAAUUGUGAUCUGUCUGGGUGUGAUCUUCAAGAAGCCAACCUGAGAGGGUCCAACGUGAAGGGAGCUAUAUUUGAAGAGAUGCUGACACCACUACACAUGUCACAAAGUGUCAGAUGAGAAUUUUAGGGGCUGGAGGAAGAUGUAAAAGAUGAAAAUGUUUUCCUUAUCACUUUUCUUUCUCCACCCACUCAGUUGUCUAGAAGAAAUAACACUGUAAGGAAAUUUAAAAAAAACAUUUAGAGGAUUAUGCUUGUUUUGAGUGGUGCAUAAGGGAAAAAACUGACUUUUUUUCCAUAUUCUGAUUUUUAACAGAAAAGCACUCAUUUAAUAGAUGUAGGGAAACUAGAUAUUGCUGCCUUUUGAAUGGGGUAGGGGGGUUUACCUGGUUUUAUGACCAGGCAUAGUAUCUAUUAUAUUUGCUUUUAAAUAGGCAUGAUGUGGAAAUACCAUCUUGGUUUGAGAUGCAUUUGAGGAUUUUAAUUUAUGGAAAGCACAACAUAUGCAAUUAUAUUUAUUGAAUUCCUAGAUGCAGUAUGGAUAUUUAAAUUGUUAAAACUUUCUGAAAACUUGGAAAAGGUUGUUCAGGUUUAUAAAUAGCUUUAGUGAUGCCUCCCCUCUUUAAAUACCUGUCACACCGUAUGAAUAUGGUGAGAUCAGACUCCCUAAGACUCUUUUCAGGUUCAUUUUUAUAAUGUUUACUUUUUAGGACAGAACAGUAGCUAAAUUAAAGUAAUAUCCAGUUCUUACUGAUUGAGACAGAGUGGAAAGAAAGACAUCAUUGUACAUCACUGUCAUUCCAAAGGUACAGUGGAACUCUGGAUGGAGGAAUAACUUACCUAUCACUACAACACUUACAAAUGAGAAUUUCUCAGAAUUUCAUUCUAGGCAAGUUCCACUCAACACCAGAUCAAGCAAUUCUGUCUAUUUACACUAUUAGCCUAGUUUUCUCAUACAGUCAUCACAAGCAUAGGAAGAUACUUCAAAACCAAAAAAACCAAGGUGCAUCAUUAAUAUUCAUUUAAUUCGAAUACCAAAUAGUUUACAUAGGGCCAGCUUAGAAAUAGAUACUAAAUCCAGAGCUACUGCAAUCAAAGCUUAUAUGAGUGAAUAUGGUAGAGUUGCCUGCUAAAAGGCAAUGUAAUAUAAUUGCAGCUAGAACCCUACAGUGGGGAAUGAGGAAUUUUAAACACACAUUUGAUUACAGCCACCAAAAAAAUAGAUGUAAAAAUAAAGGCCUUUGGCUGGUCCAAGAUGUAAUUAUCAAUCAGUCAGCACCUGUGAUUCUUUUACUUUUUUUGUGUGUGUUUUUUUUUUUAAACAAAUUUCAGCCCAAUUUUCUUGAGUCAUUAUCUCUCUGCAGCAGCAGAGGAAGGGCCUGUACCUCCCUACCAAUGACUUGGUGUCCUUAUUUUCUACCCCAAGAGCAGGGAUAUUAGCUGUGUCCAAAUGGGUUCUGAAUUCUACAGACUCAUCAACAUGAGGCAAGGAAUCAUUGAAAACCACCUGUGUCUCCUUUGGGAGAAUGACAUAUCUUUAGUAUUUACGUAGCUUAUUCUUCUAUAUCUACAUAUGCAAAGCUUUCCUUAACAGUAAAGGGUACAUAUGCAUAGUGGGAGGAGAUCAGACCUUUACAAGUGAAGGAAAGCAACUUCAGAAAUGAAUUAUUUUCUUUGCUUUAUUAUUUUUACCAAGACAGAGAAGUAUUGUAUUGAGA